AUGCUUCAAGAACAAAAGAAGAGAAUCAUUGCACUCGGAUUUGAAGGAAGUGCCAACAAGCUUGCCAUCGGAGUGGUUACCAUGGACGGAGAGAUUUUGAGUAAUUUACGACAUACUUAUAUAACACCACCAGGGACUGGAUUUUUACCAAGAGAAACAGCCAUUCAUCAUAAAGAAUAUAUUCAUGAAAUGGUAAAGAAUGCGUUGAAAGAGGCUAAUAUUACAAAGGAUGAUGUCGAUUGUUUAUGCUACACAAAGGGACCUGGUAUGGGAGCAUGUUUACAUGUGGUUGCUGUUGUGGCUCGGACCUUGGCACAACUCUGGAAAAAGCCUCUCAUUCCCGUGAAUCACUGUAUUGGACAUAUUGAAAUGGGGAGAGUAGUCUGUAAAGCAGAAAAUCCAAUUGUGCUGUAUGUGAGUGGUGGUAAUACUCAAGUGAUUGCGUACAGUAUGGGAAGAUAUCGAAUAUUUGGUGAAACCAUUGAUAUUGCUGUCGGAAAUUGUUUAGAUCGAUUUGCUCGUCUCAUCAAUUUAUCCAAUGAUCCGAGUCCAGGAUUCAAUAUUGAGAAAAUGGCACGUAAGAAGAAUGAAGAUGGUUCAGAUUUGAAAUAUAUUGAACUACCAUACGUUGUAAAAGGAAUGGAUGUCAGUUUUUCUGGCCUCUUGUCAUGGCUUGAAAAAUUUGGCUUGGAUAUGUUAAAGCGAGGAGAAUGUACCGCUGAAGAUUUGUGUUUUUCACUGCAGGAAACAAUAUUUGCCAUGCUUGUAGAAAUUACUGAGCGAGCAAUGGCUCACUGCAACUCUAAUGACGUUCUUAUUGUUGGAGGUGUUGGAUGCAAUGAGAGACUUCAACAAAUGAUGAAACAAAUGGUGGAUGAAAGAGGCGGAAAAUUACAUGCCAUGGAUGAUCGAUAUUGUAUUGACAAUGGUUGCAUGAUUGCCUAUGCAGGAAUUUUGCAUUUUGAUGCCAUUGCAAAAACACACGAGGGAGCUCACGAAGCAUUAUUGGGAGAUACCAAACGAUUGUAUGAAUUGUAUCCACUGAGUGAAUGCUCCGUCACACAACGAUAUAGAACUGACGAAGUGGAUGUUAUUUGGAGGAAAUAA